CACGACUCAAUCACGCACAAUUCGCGGAAAUUGACAAUAUGCCUCUCAUACAGCAUGCUCCAGAUGCGCUGCCGUACGUUGACCCGCCCGUUUCUGAAGAGACAUUGCACGCCGCCAACGCUCUGGUCCACGCCGAAAUGGAUCCUGCCCACGCCAGCGCUCUGCACCCUGCAAUUCCACCCCCGAACCCAACCACCGGCUUCUCUGCACUGGUCGAGGCCGAACAUGCGCGCAUUUCUGCGGGUCAGCCCAAAGAUGCCGGCCUCGAUCUGAGCCGCUACGAGCUUCUUGACGCGCCUGCCAAAGGCGAUCUGCCCGCGUGGAAGGAGUCCUUGCAAAAGGCCUACGCAAGCACCGAAUAUCUGCGCGGCCGGGAAAUCAACCUCAGCCUGCUGGAGACAUAUGGCAAGAAUGCCUGGUUGAUUGGAAACAGUCGGCUCGAAGAUGAGCUGAAAGCGCUCGAGAAAGAGCUCGAGGCUGCAAAGACGGGGCUGGAGCAGCUUGAGCAAGGUCGGCGGACUACACAAGCAAACGCAGCAGGAGAGAUGCAAGGCCUGGAAGAAGCCUGGAGAACGGGCGUGGGAAGGAUGAUUGAGACACAGGCCGCUGCGGAACGCCUGCGACUGGAAAUUCUGCAGCGAAAGCGACAGGGUGUAGCGUGAGAUGAUUGAUGAUUUUACCACUGAUGCAUUGGACAACGGCCUAUGUAUGAAUCUCUCAUCCAGAUUGCUCCGAGAAUGAACUGGAUCGAAGCAUGAGCUGAGUAAUGCAGCACAGCCGUUGCUGAGGUGUGAUUGCGUUUGAGACUCGGGCUAUUUGUAGCUCGCAGGCGAGGGCUCAUGCUGGAGCCUGUUGCUAUUAUGUUCUCAAGCCAGCCGUCUGAGAACCGCCUUCAGCCCUGCAAAAGUUGCAUCGCACAGGGUUACCGUAUUGGGUGCAUGGAGCUUGAACGCGCUGUUUUUGGACUCGUAAAUGCAAGCAUUCGCUGUUUGCAGAUGGCAUCUAGGCUGCAGACACGAGUCAAGAAAUGUGGCGCCGGAGCAUCAGGCAAGCCACAACAGCCAUACACACAGGACAUGAUAUGUGUGCCGCAAAGUCUUCAAACACAACGGCUUCUGAGACGUUGCUCAACCUUAAACGAGCGCACCUUGUCCCAGAUUUGACAGCUAUCUGCCUCACACACGACGCACGUAUAGACACACUACUCGAGACCUAACUCUCUCGAUGUAUCGUCUGUUAGGGUUGACUGACACGGACAACAUGAUGGCGACUCGCACCCUCUUGGCCCUUGGCUCAAAACCCGCACGGCCUCGACAUCGUCCACCAUAACAUUGCUUCCGCUCUUUCCAACCUUCACACAUUGCUCUCUGUGAGGUCUUCCGCACAGUGACCCGAAAACAAUCAACAUGCGCAGCCGCCAGCGAAUCCCCCGGUCUAGCUCCGUGGAGAGCCUGAGUGACAAGUUCAAAUCGUGGAAUUCAUCGUUGUCCAACCUUCAGCUGCGUGCAUCAGUUGCUUUGAAACCGGUCCAAGAAGGGCAGGAAGGGCUUCCUACCAACAACGCCUUCACUAAGAGCACUCCCACCCUCAUCGACUGCGCCCAAGACAGCGUCAUCGACCUCGGCGAAUAUCGGGAUGGGUACACCGGCGGUGAUCUACCCUUGGGCGAGCGCCCGGAGCACUCUCAAAGAUAUGGCACGGGGUCGAGGGAUCGAUCGCGCAGUCGUAUGCGCCUAUCAGCGCGUGGCUCCACGGAUUCUGAAUCCUCCGAGAACGAGAUGCUGUUCUUGCAGCGUAUCGAGAAAACACGCAAUGGCCACUCUGCACAUGCACCGGCUGCAACGCUUCAACCGGACCGGAAGCGCACCAUGAGACAUGCCAGGUCCAUGUCUCGUAUGACGAUGAGGACAGAAAAGUCUUUGCCGCCACUCCCGGAAGUCCAAGCACAGUCGCCCGUCAAGAAGACUUUCAUGGAGUCCGUCAGAUCGACUCGCUAUCUCCGCAACAUGAGGAGUCUGCCUCAAAUCAAGCCUUAUGUGAAUCCCCACGAGAGCAUGGACUUUAAAUGUGUCGGGAGCCCCAGCGAAGCCGUCAGCGCAGUCGAGCAUGCGUUCGAGGAGCGAGAGAUGCAAAGUGAAAAGGAUGAAUUAGCCCGGUCAAUCAAUCUUACCAGAGCGAGAAUGUGUGAUCAGAGGAUAGAGGUGCUCGAACGCUCAGUCCUUCUCGAUCGCGAAGCAAGUAAAGCUGCCAGCGAGAUUGACGAAUUCCUCUCGCUCCCUGCUGGGAGUACAAUGACUGUGGACGAGGUGACCGGCACUGCCGAACUUGUUGGGCCUGCAGGAUAUUCGGGUCUCGCGACCGGCGAACGUUGGGCUUCGCUGCAAUAUCACGGAAUGGGCGGUGGAUCGGACGUCGAUGGCUCGAGAAAACGAUUCAGCAGAUCUGCCAGCAGACCCUCAAGCAGACAAUCCAAUAGACCCCCUAGCAGACAACACGAAUCUUCCCAAGCAAGUCACGCGAAGCCAGUACUGAAACUCAACACCAAAUUCGCAAGUUCGCCGGUCGGUACUCUCGAUAACAUGUUUACGGCCAUCACUGGGGAUCGCUGGAGAUCGAUCGGCAUGGCGAGGACAGCAGUCGAUCGUAGAUGGGUGGUCGUCCUUUCGGGCGCAUCUUCAUUGAUUUCAGAUAACGACGACACCAGGUCGAUCCGCUCGCUCCUGACACCUUCAAGUUCCGUGAGGACACCCUGGUCGAGGUCGAAGAGCAGAGGGAUGGCGACACGGCGAGAACCUUCCACUCCGGCAAGCGCAUUUGGUAUGAUGAUGACUCCCUCCUACUCAGAUGAUGAUGAGGAGGAGGAGUACGGUAUGCCAGGGACGCCGAGUAUCUCUGUCACGCCCAUUUUCGCCCCUGAUGGAGCUGGGUUUCUGGGAGCAAGGAAUAUGGGCGAGAGAAUGCCUUUGGCUCGCCGCAAUACCCGGACGGGCCAGCGGUUAGAAACUGCACUUUCGCCGAGCGUUCGCGAGGAUGAUGAUUGCUCGCCUAUGACACCAAUGUUAUGACAUGAACUUGGAGGAGGAGUAAGCUCAGGAUGGUACACGGACUGGGCAAGGGAAGAAGAGGCCAAAAUAAAGUCCAAACAUAGCAGCUUGCGUAGUUUGAACCACCCACAUGAAUUGAUGACGAUGACAGGUUUCGCCACAAUUAAAGAGUUGAAUUAUUU